AUGGAUGGGUGGGUGGAUGAAUGGAUGGAUGGACGGGUGAGUGGAUGGGUGGGUGGAUGGAUGGACGGAUGGUUGGAUGGGUGGACAGAUGGGUGGAUGGAUGGAUGGAUGGGUGGGUGGAUGAAUAGGUGGAUGGAUGGGUGGGUGGAUGAGUGCAUGGGUGGAUGGAUGGACGGAUGGAUGGGUGGAUGGAUGUGUAGGUGGAUGGGUGGGUGGAUGGAUGGAUGGGUGGGUGGAUGGAUGGAUGGAUGGACGGGUGAAUGGAUGGGUGGGUGGAUGGAGGGUGGAUGGAUGGACGGAUGGUUGGAUGGAUGGACAGAUGGAUGGAUGGGUGGAUGGAUGUGUAGGUGGAUGGGUGGAUGGACGGAUGGAUGGAUGGGUGGGUGGAUGAAUGGAUGGAUGGACGG